AUGAGCACAUCUCGCGCUCGACCGAGAGCACAGCCGCUGCGCCAGCAGCAGCAACCCGUGCUGUAUCGCAGCGAUUCCUCUCCGCAGUUAACGGUGAGCGGCACUUGUCCAAUCACCUCCUCCAGCGUCAGGUUCAAGGAGGACACCAGCAGGGAUCGCUGUUCCUCAAAAAGUGCUGCUGCCAGGGUGGAGCAGCGCUCAAUGGUGUUACAGACGGCUGGCGGCCGGCGUGUGGAGAACACACCUUUGGUCUCCUUGCGUGGCUCACGCGAGAAGAGGGUAAACUUCAUGGAGACCGAAAAAGAACUCGCGACAGCAUCCUCCUCGCCGCUCUCCCUAGCGCACGAACUCGCCAAGACGCAGCGCGAGUUGGAGCGACUUCGGAUGCAGCUGAGAAGCUCCAACGAACACGAACAGAAGACGGAAGAGUACGUGUCGGGAUUAGAGGCCACUGUGGCGGCCCAGCGACACGACAAUCUUCUGCUGCGCCAUCAUCUAGCUAACCGGCAGCUCUUGGCGGAGGUGUUAGAAGAGGAGAACCGAGAUCUCGUGGAAACACAGCAGCAGAUGCACCUGCAGCAGCACCCCAUCGCCUGCCCGCAGUCGCUUAUCACACAUGCGUCCACAGGCACUAUGACGGUGGUGUCGCCGGCGAACGCCUUUGGAGAUGGCAACGCGCAACCUUCUUCCUUCUCUGCCUUCUGCGCACAGCUGCCUGAUCGACAGAGCAACUUUGCGGGUCCCUCUCCGCCGCUCUCUCCGACGCAGUCGAUGCCGACAUCGUAUCACCACGUCUACGGAGCAGCUGGAGGGCCACACAUGCAUGAGUUGCCACUUCAUUCACCGACGGUGACCGCUCUCCACGACCGGUGGGCACAGACGCAGAUAGCACACGAGGCGUUGCCGCACGGGUAUGCGGAUCAGCAAGAGGCACUUCAGCGUCGUCCUUCUCUGCAGCAGCAAGGCAAUAAUGGCGCCAACUCCACACCUAUUCCCAUUCGUGGUACUACCGAUAAUCGCUUCGCGUCACCACCGCAGCACAUCUCCGUCAGCGAAGAGACCCUUUUCUCCAGCUCCACGACGUCAUCUUCCCUCCACAACACAUGCGCCAUCACACACACACUCGGCACACCACAGCAGGUGGCCGCUACGCAGCACCAACUCCAAUCCCUUGGAAUCCGCUCUCGUGAAACAGAACAUGCCAUCGCCAACGCCCUCGAUACCCCAAACUGCAUCCACCAAAACGCACUCCGCGGGUACCCACACAGCGACGCUUCCCUGAGCGCCACCAGCGAAGCCGCGCCACUACUCGAACCUCGCCGCGGUGAGGAACUCUUUACCGAUCAGCAGCGAUGCGGACACGUUGCCCUAAAGGCCCUGCAAGACCAGGUUGCAGAGCAGGAGGCAGAGAUAGCUGAGCUCCGCAGACAGGUGGCGGAGCGCCAGGCAGAGAUAGCUGAGCUCCGCCAGCUGCUGGCUGAGGCGCAGCGCGAGGCACAGGCCGCCGGUGCAAGACAGCGCGACAGUAGCGCCACUGUGCAGGCGCUGCGGGACCAGAUGGCGGAGCAGGAGGCGGAGAUGAUUGCGCUCCGCCAGCUGCUGGGUAAGGCGCAGCGCGAAGCCCCAGUUGACGUUGCUCGGCCCCUCGAAAGUGGCGCCGCUGUGCAGGCGCUGCGGGACCAGAUGGCGGAGCAGGAGGCGGAGGUAGCUGAGCUCCGCCAGCUGCUGGCUGAGGCGCAGCGCGAGGCACAGGCCGCCGGUGCAAGACAGCGCGACAGUGGCGCCACUGUGCAGGCGCUGCGGGACCAGAUGGCGGAGCAGGAGGCGGAGGUAACUGCGCUCCGCCAGCUGCUGGGUAAGGCGCAGCGCGAAGCCCCAGUUGACGUUGCUCGGCCCCUCGAAAGUGGCGCCACUGUGCAGGCGCUGCGGGACCAGAUGGCGGAGCAGGAGGCGGAGGUAGCUGAGCUCCGCCAGCUGCUGGCUGAGGCGCAGCGCGAGGCACAGGCCGCCGGUGCAAGACAGCGCGACAGUGGCGCCACUGUGCAGGCGCUGCGGGACCAGAUGGCGGAGCAGGAGGCGGAGAUGAUUGCGCUCCGCCAGCUGCUGGGUAAGGCGCAGCGCGAAGCCCCAGUUGACGUUGCUCGGCCCCUCGAAAGUGGCGCCGCUGUGCAGGCGCUGCGGGACCAGAUGGCGGAGCAGGAGGCGGAGGUAGCUGAGCUCCGCCAGCUGCUGGCUGAGGCGCAGCGCGAGGCACAGGCCGCCGGUGCAAGACAGCGCGACAGUGGCGCCACUGUGCAGGCGCUGCGGGACCAGAUGGCGGAGCAGGAGGCGGAGGUAGCUGAGCUCCGCCAGCUGCUGGCUGAGGCGCAGCGCGAGGCACAGGCCGCCGGUGCAAGACAGCGCGACAGUGGCGCCACUGUGCAGGCGCUGCGGGACCAGAUGGCGGAGCAGGAGGCGGAGAUGAUUGCGCUCCGCCAGCUGCUGGGUAAGGCGCAGCGCGAAGCCCCAGUUGACGUUGCUCGGCCCCUCGAAAGUGGCGCCGCUGUGCAGGCGCUGCGGGACCAGAUGGCGGAGCAGGAGGCGGAGGUAGCUGAGCUCCGCCAGCUGCUGGGUAAGGCGCAGCGCGAGGCACAGGCCGCCGGUGCAAGACAGCGCGACAGUGGCGCCACUGUGCAGGCGCUGCGGGACCAGAUGGCGGAGCAGGAGGCGGAGAUGAUUGCGCUCCGCCAGCUGCUGGGUAAGGCGCAGCGCGAAGCCCCAGUUGACGUUGCUCGGCCCCUCGAAAGUGGCGCCGCUGUGCAGGCGCUGCGGGACCAGAUGGCGGAGCAGGAGGCGGAGGUAGCUGAGCUCCGCCAGCUGCUGGCUGAGGCGCAGCGCGAGGCACAGGCCGCCGGUGCAAGACAGCGCGACAGUGGCGCCACUGUGCAGGCGCUGCGGGACCAGAUGGCGGAGCAGGAGGCGGAGGUAGCUGAGCUCCGCCAGCUGCUGGGUAAGGCGCAGCGCGAAGCCCCAGUUGACGUUGCUCGGCCCCUCGAAAGUGGCGCCACUGUGCAGGCGCUGCGGGACCAGAUGGCGGAGCAGGAGGCGGAGGUAGCUGAGCUCCGCCAGCUGCUGGGUAAGGCGCAGCGCGAAGCCCCAGUUGACGUUGCUCGGCCCCUCGAAAGUGGCGCCACUGUGCAGGCGCUGCGGGACCAGAUGGCGGAGCAGGAGGCGGAGGUAGCUGAGCUCCGCCAGCUGCUGGGUAAGGCGCAGCGCGAAGCCCCAGUUGACGUUGCUCGGCCCCUCGAAAGUGGCGCCGCUGUGCAGGCGCUGCGGGACCAGAUGGCGGAGCAGGAGGCGGAGGUAGCUGAGCUCCGCCAGCUGCUGGCUGAGGCGCAGCGCGAGGCACAGGCCGCCGGUGCAAGACAGCGCGACAGUGGCGCCACUGUGCAGGCGCUGCGGGACCAGAUGGCGGAGCAGGAGGCGGAGGUAGCUGAGCUCCGCCAGCUGCUGGCUGAGGCGCAGCGCGAGGCACAGGCCGCCGGUGCAAGACAGCGCGACAGUGGCGCCACUGUGCAGGCGCUGCGGGACCAGAUGGCGGAGCAGGAGGCGGAGAUGAUUGCGCUCCGCCAGCUGCUGGGUAAGGCGCAGCGCGAAGCCCCAGUUGACGUUGCUCGGCCCCUCGAAAGUGGCGCCGCUGUGCAGGCGCUGCGGGACCAGAUGGCGGAGCAGGAGGCGGAGGUAGCUGAGCUCCGCCAGCUGCUGGCUGAGGCGCAGCGCGAGGCACAGGCCGCCGGUGCAAGACAGCGCGACAGUGGCGCCACUGUGCAGGCGCUGCGGGACCAGAUGGCGGAGCAGGAGGCGGAGGUAGCUGAGCUCCGCCAGCUGCUGGGUAAGGCGCAGCGCGAAGCCCCAGUUGACGUUGCUCGGCCCCUCGAAAGUGGCGCCACUGUGCAGGCGCUGCGGGACCAGAUGGCGGAGCAGGAGGCGGAGGUAGCUGAGCUCCGCCAGCUGCUGGCUGAGGCGCAGCGCGAGGCACAGGCCGCCGGUGCAAGACAGCGCGACGGUGUCAGUGUGAUAGCAUCUGUGGGGCAGGAGGAGGGGGUGCGGUUGGCCGCUGGGUGUGUGGUGGCUGGUAAGGUGGACGGGGGUGCAGGACGAGGUGUUUUGACGGACUCUGUGUGCGAAGGGUCGGAGGGAAAAGGCGAUUCGUCGGGGUGGUGUCGCGAUCGAGGGUUGGUGGAGGUUGGUGCUGCGGAUUACGAACGUGGGCUUGCUAGCACUGGUGAUAACGGGGAGCGGAAGUUAGUAGCGGGUGCUGUUGAUCGGGGGCGCAGCGUGUCCGACACGGAGGAGCUGCGCAGCGCGCUGGCGGGGUGCAGAGAGAAGCUCACGGCACUGGAAGUUGAGUUGAUGGCUGCGAAGGAAGCUGUGGAGGAGCUGCGGUGGUACGAUGAACGGCGCGACAACUGCGUCGAGGGAAGGCCGUUGCGUCAGACGUACGUGCGGCGCAGUAUGGAGGGCGUGGAGUGGGCAUUGGUGGCGAGUGCCUGCGAAGAGGAGCUGAUUUGGAGGCUUCGUGUAGACUGCAGCCGCGCUUGCCAUGUAAACGUGGACUGCGUACGGCGUGUGGAAUAUGUUCUCGGUAGUCUGCACGCUGAGUUUUGCGUGGAGCACAACGUGGACGUGGAGGGCAGUGAGUUGAAGGACCGUGUCGCUGAGUAUCCGUUUCCAGCGACAUGGGCACUCUUCCGGCGAAUCGUUGAGGGGCGUACAGUUUCAGGGCCUAUGCAAUGGUCAGUUCCGAGCCGAGCCGAGGAGAAGCUCUUGGCGGAGGAGGCUCUGGCACGUAUUUUCGCGCAGCUGGAGGAGGCGUGUGCCCGCCAGGCAUUCACAUCCGAUUGGUCAGAGCAAAGAACUGAGUUGCUGCACGCUGCCAAACUAGCACUGGCGGAAGUCGUGGCCGCAUCACGGCGAGAAUGCACUGACAGCUUAGAGCGGCUGGAGGAGCUAGCGGCGUUGUUGUUGGAGGCCCGCGAGAGUGAGCGCGAGUUGCGGGACCGCUUGUUUGCGGCUGAGGAAGACAUGUACGAGGUGCGCCGCCAGCACGACGACGAUCUUGACGGCUUGGUGGGCGCCGAAGCAGAAGCGCGUCGCUCACUAGAUCUGUACGCAGCUCGUGUUGCCGCCCAAGACGAGGCGAUGCGGGUGCAGGUCGAGCAGAUCGUCGACUUGCAGGAGGAAGUGCAAGCACUGGCCUCUGCUUUGUCCGAUAAAAACGCCGAUCUGACCAAUGCUCACGCGCAAGCCGCGGCGCUGUCGAGACAGGUUGACGAGACGGCAGCAGCCUAUGCAGACACGCUGGAGAAGCUGGAAAAGUCUGUGGAGAUGCUGGAUGCGUCGCGCACAAACGAGCUGGUCUUAUCGCAAACACUUUACGAAGCAGAGUAUCGGUGCACCCAGUUGCGGAAUGCCAUCGAGAUGGACGCUGCAGCGCAUCGUGCUGAGCUAGUUAGCGCAACGGCAGAGCGAGACCGCUUUAAGGAGGGAAUGGAGGUGUUUCGCGAGGUGUUGCCGAGCCUGCUGGCGGCAGCACAGCCCCAGCCCCGAAAGGACAACGGCGAUGCGGGUGCAGGGGUGGAGGAGCGCAUCAGCACGUCUGCACUCGACGCAGCCUUCUCGGAGGAGGGCUACGCGGUAGCUCAGGGGUUACGCGAGGUGUUGCUGCGCCAUCUUGGCUGCGUGGAGCAACUUCGCCGCGACAAGGAAGGCUUGGCCGACGAGCUCGAUGAGGCGGAGAAGGCACGUGGCGGCUACAUGGCUGUCCUGGAGGAUGCGCUGCGGUCGCUAGUGGAGGAGCGCGAACUGCGAAUGCGAGCGCACGAGUCGCAGCUGCAGUUCUCGGAGCAGAUGAUGCGGGAGCUGACCAUGAUGCGGAAUGCUGAGGAGGACGAAAUGGUCGAUGACAAGGCAGACAUGGAGGUGAACAGUAACUAUGGCCUGCUCAGCACAUGCAGCAGCAGCAGCCCCGCAGUUCAAACGUCAGUGUAA